CGCUCAGUGGGCAAAAGCCUUUCCAGACUGGUCCCUGAAAGCAUCGUGCGUACAGAUGCCUGCUGGUUGCCAUGGUGAAUGAUGCUGAUCUGAAGAAAUGAAUAAUGUGAGCGUUGGGGGCGACAGUGGGAUUACUCAGACAGUGGCGAGAGAGGCAUCAAGGAGAGCCCAGAGCAGAGGAGGGGAGAAGGCUCCAUCCCUUCAGCUUGGGUCCAUUCUGUCCCUGCCUCUGCAGGCUGCGUUCUAACCAGAUCCACCGCGAGCAUCAGAAUCAGGAUGAACAUCGAGGUUGGGAACGUUUCUCACACAGGAGCUAUCAUUUCCUGGUCAUCCUCAGAGCCCUGCCUGGAGGACUAUUACCAUAUUAUGUAUAGGCCCAACUGGAACAGCAUCUUCUCCGGCUAUCUUCGCUACAGCUUCCACCACGAGGAGAAGGUGCCUCGAACCAUCAGCUCCGUGGUGCUGGAACACCUCGCCCCUUCCACUCUCUACUUCCUCUGCAUCAGCUGCAAGAAGGCUGCCUUCCCCUAUAGGCACUACUGCACCAUGUUCCAUACCCUGGAUAAGAGCCCGCUGGCAUCUGGGAGCUCGCUGGUGGACCCCCAGAUCUCCCUGUGGGUGUUGAUGGCCAUUCUGCUGGCCUGCUUCACAGCCGUCUUAGCUUUCAUCUGCCUCCAGUUCUGGUGCAUCCGUUGCCAUGAGCCUCGAUGGUCUUACAGAGCCGGCCACAUGGAGGAAGCCAAUGGGUUGGUGAGAUGGCCAGAGGAGGCCCCCGCCCUUGGGCAGAGAGAGGAAGAUCUGCAGGGCCUCCCCCUGGUGGAAAUGCCGCGCAAGAACUCCGGAGCAGAAGCAGAACCAGAAGCCGAAGGGGAAGCCAACCAGGAAGACGGAGCUGAUGAGGAUGCCGCCAAUCAGGAUGUCCCCGACGUGGGAGCCUUACUGCAGGGUGGUGGGGGUGAUCAUGCUGCCAUGCUGCCUCAUUUUAGGGAGUGAGGGUUAGGGAGGAGGCGGCCCGCACCCCGUAGCUUAAAGCCCUCCAUACAGUAGAUCUUUUGUAAACAUGUGCUCCUAGACAACCCUUCCGCCUCC